ACCUUUACGCUAGUCACCGACCACCAGAAGAAGCAGAAACCGAAAGCUGCUAGCAGAGCUAGCUUGUUGUUGUUCUGGUGUGUGAGGAGAAUAUUUGAGGCUCUGCAGUAAAAGUGUCUUCACUUCAGUCUCUCGGAGAGUUGGUCAGCUAAAGCGACUAACUGCUGCUGCUGCAGAAAUCUUCUCACCAGGCUGUGGAAACUUUCUUCUCCUCCUCAACAACAACUUGGUGGAGUUCUUUCCAGAACCAGAGAAGAUAUUCUGCGGUCUUCGUGACAAUCGGAGCUCCAGAAUCAGGUUGUGGCUGUUAGCUAAACACGGCUAAAGAAAACCUGCUACCACUUCAGGAUCAUCCAUCAGCUGGGACUGAUUCAUCGUGUGUUCUUCACCACCUGGACAGCAUGGACACAGGUGUGAAACAUCUGUAAAAGCCAGAUCUGGUGCAGGAAAAUAGCUGAACAGGGAGUGGGGACACACUUUGCCUUCUGCGGUUAUUUUCAACAGGUGGUUCUGGUUAAAUAAGAAGCUUCAGAAGAACAGAGUGCUCGUGUCAACCACCAGCACCUAGAUUUUCUCCACAAAAAGGAGGAACAGGAGAAACUCUGGUCUAGUAUGGAGGGAGAGCAUCUCCAUUUGAAUAAGGAGACUGAUGCUGCCAGGUUUCAAUCCUUUAGCCAUAAAACACAUUUAAACAAACACACAAGAGUUCACACAAAGCAGAAACAUUUUGCUUGUGAGCACUGUGGACAACGGUUUCACCAAAAGAAUAAUUUAACCACACACAUGAGAGUCCACACGGGACAGACACAUUUUGCUUGUGAGCUCUGUGGAAAGAGAUUUAGACAAAAGACAACUUUAAACAUUCACAUGAGAGUCCACACAGGAGAGAAGCCCUUUCCUUGUGAGCUCUGUGGAGUGAGAUUUAGCCAAAAGACAACUUUAAACAGUCACAUGAGAGUCCACACAGGACAGAAGCCUUUUGCCUGUGAGCUCUGUGGAAAGAAAUUUAGCUUAAAGUCAACUUUAAAUGGUCACAUGAGAGUCCACACAGAACAGAAGCCCUUUCCUUGUGAGCUCUGUGGAACGAGAUUUAGCCAUAAGACAAAUUUAAACAGACACAUGAGAGUCCACACAGGACAGAAGCCCUUUCCUUGUGAGCUCUGUGAACAAAGAUUUACCUUAAAGUCAACUUUAAACAGUCACAUGAGUGUCCACACAGGAGAGAAGCCCUUUCCUUGUGAGCUCUGUGGAACGAGAUUUAGCCAAAAGACAACUUUAAACAUUCACAUGAGAGUCCACACAGGAGAGAAGCCCUUUCCUUGUGAGCUCUGUGGAGCGAGAUUUAGCCGAAAGACAACUUUAAACAUUCACAUGAGAGCCCACACAGGACAGAAGCCUUUUGCCUGUGAGCUCUGUGAAAAGAAAUUUAGCUUAAAGUCAACUUUAAAUAGUCACAUGAGAGUCCACACAGAACAGAAGCCCUUUCCUUGUGAGCUCUGUGGAACGAGAUUUAGCCAUAAGACAAAUUUAAACAGACACAUGAGAGCCCACACAGGACAGAAGCCUUUUGCCUGUGAGCUCUGUGGAAAGAAAUUUAGCUUAAAGUCAACUUUGAACAGACACAUGAGAGUCCACACAGGACAGAAGCCUUUUGCCUGCAAGCUCUGUGGAAAGAAAUUUAGCUUAAAGUCAACUUUAAACAGUCACAUGAGAGUCCACACAGAACAGAAGCCCUUUCCUUGUGAGCUCUGUGGAACGAGAUUUAGCCAUAAGACAAAUUUAAACAGUCACAUGAGAGUCCACACAGAACAGAAGCCCUUUCCUUGUGAGCUCUGUGGAACGAGAUUUAGCCAUAAGACAAAUUUAAACAGACACAUGAGAGUCCACACAGGACAGAAGCCUUUUGCCUGUGAGCUCUGUGGAAAGAAAUUUAGCUUAAAGUCAACUUUAAACAGUCACAUGAGAGUCCACACAGGACAGAAACCCUUUCCUUGUGAGCUCUGUGGAAUGAGAUUUAGACAAAAGUCACAUUUAAACAGUCACAUGAGUGUCCAUAGAGGAGAGAAGCCCUUUCCUUGUGAGCACUGUGGACAAAGGUUUCACCAAAAGACUUUUUUAACCACACACAUGAGAGUCCACACAGGACAGAAGCCCUUUCCUUGUGAGCUCUGUGGAGUGAGAUUUAGCCAAAAGACAACUUUAAACCGUCAUAUGAGAGUCCACACAGGACAGAAGCCUUUUGCCUGUGAGCUCUGUGGAACGAGAUUUUGCCAAAAGACAACUUUAAACAGUCACAUGACAGUCCACACAGGACAGAAGCCUUUUGCCUGUGAGCUCUGUGGAAUGAGAUUUAGCCAUCAGACAACUUUAAACAGACACAUGAGAGUCCACACAGGAGAGAAGCCCUUUCCUUGUGAGCUCUGUGGAACGAGAUUUAGCCAAAAGACAACUUUAAACAGUCACAUGACAGUCCACACAGGACAGAAGCCUUUUGCCUGUGAGCUCUGUGGAACGAGAUUUAGCCAUCAGACAACUUUAAACAGACACAUGAGAGCCCACACUGGUUUUUCGCCUGUGAGUUCGGUGGAAAAGAUUUAGCGAAAAGACAAAUUUAAAAGGUCACAAAAGAGUCCAUAAAGGACCGAAGCCUUUUGCUUGUGAGCUCUGUGGACGUAGAUUUCACUGAAAGAAAACUUUAAACAAUCAUCUAAGCAUCCACUAGGGCUGAAUGAUCUAUUGCAGGGGUCUCCAAGCUUUUUUGGCCCGUGAGCUACUUUUACACAAUGAAAGUACAGCAGAGUUACUGCCAUAUGAUUUAUUUACAUUGAUACUUUCCAUGUGUGAAUGUGCUUAUGUUAAACAUGCUAUGCUUACUAUAUUAACAUGCAUUGUACUCACAAGUUGAUUUCUCUGUAUUUCAGUACAUCAGUAUAUAUGUUUUAUUAAAGUAUAAGUAAACUAGUGACAUUCUGAAAACCAAAUUAAACAAAACAUAUUUAGUUUUUUAGACUAAUCAGAUACUUUCAGAUAAUGAAUAACAAAUCUACUUCAUGUGAAUGAUUUGGUAAUUUUUUAGAAGGUUAGUAACAUAACUUUUUAAGCACACAGGAACAGCUAACCUGUAAAGCUGAUUAUAUUUUAUAUAAAAUACAAGCUAAAUGUGAUGAAAACACAAAAGUCUAAAUAGUUUGAAUUGAAGUAAAAAAUGUAAAAUCAGAAAUAAGACUUGUUCCUGCUCUCCUGAUUUACUGAAUAAUUUUUAUGGGGUUUUUUUGGUCAUGAAAGUAAAGUUUUGCUGCGUUUAUUGCUGACAAUAUGAAGGUUGGAGGUUUAUCCUUUUUUUCUGCAUCUUGUAGGUUUUUUUCUCCGCAGGUCUGAAGGCUGUGCGUUACACAGAGCAGAGAGACAGGGAGCAAGAGACCAGAACCAAAAGAAAUGAUCACAUCACACCAAUCUUAAAAUAUUUACAUUGGCUUUCCGUAACUUACAGGAUUGAUUUCAAAGACCUUUUACUUACUUUUAAAUCAUUAAAUGGCCAACGACCUCUGUAUGUAGCAGAGAUGUUUGAAACGUAUCACCCUUCAAAAUCACUUAGGUCAGCAGAUAAAUCCCAACUGGUACAACUCAGAGCCCGCACCAAGCACGGAGAGGCUGCCUUUAGCUGCUCUGCGGUCCGUCUCUGGAACUGUCUUCCAAUAGACAUUAAGACCUCUCCCACCAUUUCCAUUUUUAAAUCCAGAUUAAAAACUAAACUUUUUCAUGAUGCCUUCCAUCAACCUUUCCUUGCAUCUGUGCUCUACUAGGCCUUUUUCUUUACUGUGUUAAAUUUAUUCUACCUGUAUUUUUAUGUAUACCUAUUCUGUGCUGUUUUAUUGUGUAUUAUUGUGUAAUUGAAGUGAAUAGUUGUAAUAACGUGUAGUUACUGUGUAAAGCAGUAUAUACUAGGAAUGAUUUAUAAAAAUAAAAACUAGAAUUGAACCUGACUUACAUGGUAAUAAUUAAGAACUCAGAAACAAUACACAAACUUACUAAGUAAUUACCAUGUAAGUACUGAGUAAUUAGAGGACCGUAAAAGAAAGCGCUACCAAUAAUUGUACUUGAUAUGCUUUUAUUUUUGUGUACUAUGUUCUGUGUCAAUAUUCUUAGAUUUUAUUUUACACAACAUGAUGUGACAUUUUAACUAUUUCAUUUCACUUGUGAUUGUUUUAACUAUGUGAAGCACAUUAAGCUACCGUUGUGUGUAUGAAAUGGGCUAUAUAAUAAACUUGACUUGAGAGAAA